CAAGGGUUCUGGCGAGCAGGGAGGUGAAUGUACUCUUGCCCACGCCUCCUUUGCCGGACAACACCAGCAGUUUAUGCUUGACUGAAGCAAGUCUGCCUUUCACCAGCUCGGCUCCUAAACACCGUCAACAUAUACAGUCAACUGCAGCCAUGGAGCUCUGCAGGGGCACCUCCCUGUAUGGAACCCGUGAGUGGGGUGGGAGUCCCACCUCGGCUGGCUUCCUACUACAAGACUCCCCGCCCCCACCCUUGGCGACCCACCCUCGGAUACGAAAAUGUUGAAGUCACACCACUGCCAGCUCAACCAAUCACCAACGCACUAGUUGAGCCUUGCCCAAAUCCAGUGGGAAUGUCAACUGAACCUUUGCGCUUUCCAAAUCUGGUGACUGGUUUUGAGAGGAAUCCGAACCACUCGGCCCGAGCAGCUCUCUACACUCGUUACACACCUUAUGAAUGGGUCCAGAACUCUCUCAGCCACUACAAUGAAGCUGAUACAACCAGAAAUUUCGCUGAACGAUUACGAUCUGAUGCAGUCAGAGUUAUACGAGAAACAGAUGAAAGAACAACUGCCGCUCAACGAGAUGCUGGGCGAAGAAUCGGAGAGCGAAUCACAGAUGCCACAUUCUGGCGCAAUGAAAUCUCUUCGGAGCUGGAGCGGAUGCUGGCUGAGACAAACCUCCUUCAGGACACGCGACGGGCUCUCGAGAAAGCCAUCCACGAUUGCGAGGCGCCUCUACACAUUGCUCAGGAGUGUCUAUACCAUCGAGAAGGCAGACAAGGAAUUGACCUCGUUCACGACCAGCCUGAACAAUCUCUUCUGAAAGAAGUAGAAAACUUGAGAAAUUGUCAAGAAAGACUCAAAGCUCUUCAUCAAAAGGUUCAGGAGCAACUGCGUGUGAAUAGAGCAAGCCAACAUGAGCUUGAAACUGAUGUUAAGAGUAAGGAGUCAGCCAUUGGAAUUGACAGCAUGUGCCAUCAACUGAACAAUUUUUCAAGAGGGAUCAACUAUUAUGGUGGAAUUGAAAAAUAUGAUCCGACAACAACAGUUCCUGAAUCGUGGAGUGAGCAUUCGAACAGAAUCAACCAACGUUCGCAGGCCGAGCGAGCCAAAUCAGCUCAACUUCGCACGGAUGCUGACAAUUUGAUCAACGCAUGUGCAAAUGACAUCUGGAACUCAUGGAAUAACACUAACAGUUCACUAUCGAGGCGGUCCACGGAGACUUUGGAGGCCAAGAAUCGUUUGCAGAUGCAUCUGCAUAAGGUUCAACAAGAAAUAUUUGAUGUGGAGAAAAGCAUUGAACUGUUGCGGAAGGCUAUUAUGGAUAAGAGUAAUCCAAUGAAAGUGGCCCACACGCGACUAGAGGCUCGCACUCAUCGCCGGGAUGUGGAACUGUGCAGAGACACUGCCCAAAAUAGGCUGGUAAAAGAAGUUCAUGAGCUGAAUGAAAGUGUAGAUCAACUUCAUAGAAAGCUGCAAGAGGCAGAGUCUCAACACCAACAACUGCUAAAAACGCGCGCUAGCUUGGAAUCAGAUCUUCACGUCAAGGUCAAUUCACUUUUCAUCGAUCGGGAAAAGUGCCUAGGCAUGAGGAGGAGUUUCCCAGUCUCAGCAACAAUCAAAUAUUGAGAUUUCAAUUGAAAUGAAAAAAUAUCUCAUUCCACAAAAAAAUAUUGUGUAACGUUUAAAAAUUUAUUGUUAUAUUAAUUAAUUAUUAUUAAUUUGGAAAUACUUGUUACCGUACCGUAUCGUCUGUGCAUCGAAAUACAAAACUCAAAGUCAA